AUGUCAGCAAACAAAAGAGCGCGAGCCAACCCCGCCGGCGACGCCCACAUCCGCUCCACGGAGACCGAGGAACCCGCACUAGCACAAGGUCCAGGAGAUCCUCGUCCACGCCGCGAAGACCCACCGGGACGUGCAGGCCCGGAUCGACGAGCCGUCGACGCCGAGAAGCGCAAGCGCCAGGCCCACGUGAUCUCAUUCGACCGCGAUUCGGGCCAGGUGUGGAAGGCGCUGAACGUCACGCACGCGCGCCUGAGCGGGUCGCGUCAAUACGAGAAGACGUUCGAAGUCGCCGACGACAUCCGCUGGACGAUCAAAUCCAUCGCCGGGCAGUGUGGGCCGCUGGUUAAUGCGCAGACGCGGUACAAUGGAUUGUCGGUGCUGCGCAAGAUCGGGCGCAGUAUCGUGCUUUCGUGCGGGGAUACGCUGCCGCAUGACGUGCAGAAGUCGUUUCAGUCUGAUACAACGCUGGAGAGGGCGAUGAUGGCCAUUGUGAAGGGGGUGGAGAAGGGGGAGAGGGAGCGGGUGAUGCGUGAGAACACUGGGGAUGGACUGUGGGCGAAGUUGAUGCAGUUAACCGAGGAGGCAAGCGAGUAUCGUUGCUUCACCCGGCUGGGCGAUGUGCUCAGGAUGAUGGAGGGGGAGGAGAUUGAGGUGGAUUUGGGGUUUGGAGGGGCUGUUUCUGGUGUCAACGACGCUCCGGGUUAUGGUGGACUGGAUGGGUCUGACCUGCUUGACGAUUACUAUAGCUCGCAGGAUGAUGAUGACUAUUAUUGA